AUGAAACCAGAAACUCAACUACUAUUAACUCUGAUGCGACUUCGCCAUUACUUUGGAUUGAAAGACCUAGCUGCUCGGUUUUUGAUAUCAACUCAGUCUGUGGGUGAAAUAUUUUCUGCGUGGAUUGAACAUAUGUAUUUGAUCCUUGGAUCCAUACCAAUAUGGCCACACAGAAGUGACACAAUUCGAAAUAUGCCUUCGCAAUUCAGAGUAGAAUUUCUUGACACUUUAGCUAUUAUUGAUUGCACAGAUCUUAAAACCCAAAAACGGUCAUCGUUAAAAUUACAGUCACAGAUGUACUCUGAUUAUAAGUCAGCAACAACCCUGAAAGGACUGGUAGCAUGUGACCCCAUGAGCAACAUAAUUUUUGUAAGUGAGCUGUUUACAGGAUCAAUGUCUGAUGUAGAAAUUACAGCAAAGAGUGGGUUUUAUAAACUCUUGGAGCAGCUCAUUGUAACAGGAUAUAUUCAUCAUGGAGAUUCUAUUAUGGCCGACAAAGGUUUCACGAUAUCUGGUGAACUUCAGAAUGUUGGAUUGCAUCUAAACUUGCCAUCUUUUGUGAAUUCGGGUAUUCAAAUGUGUCAGGCAGAUGUAGAAAUUGCACAAAAAAUUGUAGCCCAUCGUUUUCAUGUUGAAAGGGCAAUUAGGAAAAUAAGAACCUUCAAAAUAUUGUCUGGUUGCAUUCCUACUAGUCUGUUUGGAUCAAUUAAUAAAAUCUGGACCGUUUGUGUACUACUAACUCUGUGGCAGAAUCCGGUGUUGAAAAAUAAGUGAUUUUUUUGCUUAAUAAAAAACAUGUAUUUGAUAUGUACAAUCUUGAUUCUUGAAUUGAACAUGUAUGUAUUGAAUAUAUAUGGUUACAUACAUGUAUGUCUUAUGUUGAUUCUUUCUGUUGGAUGAUUAUGUGUGAGCAGUGUAUUGUAUUACACACCUGAUAGCUGAGAGCUGACCCAAGCUUCACAUCACCAAAUUCACUUUUUA